AUGCUCAGCAUUUUGGGACUGCUGGUUUCGGGAUUGGCACUGACCCAAAGGCACUUGGUGUCUGGCAGUUCAUCUAGCUGCAACUUUCCUGCUAUCUACGACUUCGGGGAUUCAAACUCCGACACUGGAGGCCGCUCUGCUGCACUUACUCAAAGUCCACCUCCCUAUGGCGAAACAAACCUGGGCCAUCCUCCCAAGAGAUUAUCCAACGGGCAUGUCAUCCUCGAUUUCAUAAGUAAGACUUUUAGACUACCAUACGUGAGUGCAUACUUGGACUCCAUAGGAACAAACUUUCGACGUGGCGCAAACUUCGCCACCGGCGGCUCUUCCAUUCUACCUGGUCCUUUCAGCCCUUUUGAUCUUGGGAUUCAGAUCUCCCAAUUCAAACAGUUCAAAUCACGCACAACAGAACUCUAUAAGAGGAUGAUCGAAAAGUGCGGCAGUAUGUCCCUUCCGCAUCCUGAUGAUUUCUCGAAGGCCCUCUACACAUUUGAUAUAGGACAGAACGAUCUUACAUUUGGCUUUCAGAACAUGACAGUAGAUCAAAUUGUCGCUGCAAUUCCAGGCAUCCUCGACGUAUUCGAUGCAGCAAUACAACAACUCUAUGGCGAAGGAGCAAGAGCUUUCUGGAUACAUAACACCGGUCCAAUUGGAUGCUUGCCUUUCAUGGCUCUACCAUUUAAAUUUAGAAAUGGCACCCUUGACCAGAAUGGUUGCGUUGCUUAUCAAAACAAUGUAGUGAAAGUAUUCAAUCAGCAGCUUAAAGAAAGGGUGCACCACCAGCUAAGAAACAAUCUCUCCAUGGCGGCAUUCACAUACGUCGAUGUAUAUUCGGCCAAGCUAUCACUGACAAGUGAUGCUAAAAAUCAAGGUUUUGUUGAUCCACUAAACUACUGCUGCGGUACCUUCGUGCCUACAUUCGUGAUGUGUGGACUGUCAGCACAAGUGAAUGGAACCACCAUUCAUGGAGCUGCUUGUGGCGACCCUCGGGAUCGAAUUAGCUGGGACGACAUACAUUUCACAGAUGCAGCCAAUUCAUGGAUAGCUUCAUGCAUCCUCAAUGGUUCCAUGUCUGACCCACCUGUACCGAUCUGCAAUGCUAGUCCGAAAGAAGCGAAGGAAAGAGUGCGAAACAUCUUGCUUUUUCUUUUCUUCUUUCUGGUCAUUAAUUACUGA